GGGGUAGCGGAGCAGCCGCGCCGAGGGAGGCGCCCUGACCGGGGGGAAGUCACGAGUUCGAAUCCCGGGUGGGGCAGUUCGGGGUCGGGUGGGUGGAGCAAGGAGGGGGGUUAUGGGGAACAGCUGAGAGCCGGGGGGAGUGGGGUAUCCAGAAGUUAGCCCUGCCCUUAAGGAAAGAAAGAACUCCCCUUCCACAGGAACCCCAAAACAGACAGGUUCUGGGCAGCUUAGGUAGAUCUGGGCUUGCAGAGCUCUGGAUCAGAUAAAGCGGAGUUGGGGAGCAACUAGGUCACGGGGUUGGGAGGCUCUUGAGAGUGUGAGCAAGUUGGAGGGGUUUUUUGGGGGGGGCGGGUAGGGGUAAGUAAGCGGGCUUAGUCCCUUAGGCUGUUAGGUGUUUCCAUUGCACUGGAGUUUGGCCGAGGCGUUUAGAUUUCCUUGCGCCCCAUGGAAGAUUCAACGGAGAGGAGCCCCCUCUUAGGAGGGGGAGACCACCACCGGGGGGCCCCCAGCUCCCCCAGCGCCAGCGCCUUCCGCGGCCGGCGCUUGGCCUGCGCUGCGGUGCUGCUGGCAGAGAUGCUGGAGCGGGUGGCGUUCUACGGCAUCACCUCCAACCUGGUGCUGUUCCUCAACGGGGUGCCCUACAACUGGGAAGGCGCCCAAGCCAGCCAGGCCUUGCUGCUCUUCAUGGGCGUCACCUACCUGGUGUCGCCCUUCGGGGGCUGGUUGGCGGACGCCCUGCUGGGCAAGUUCCCCACCAUCCUCUUCAGCAUGGCACUCUACUUGCUGGGCAUGCUGGUCUUCCCUGCCAUGGCUUACUCCACCACCCGCCAGUGGCUCUGCGGGGAGAUGCCCUUGCGGAUCGUAGAGAACUGCUCUGUGCCCGUGUCUCCCAACAUCACCCACGCCCCGUGCCAGCUGCAGGGGGCCAACCGCUAUUGCCUGGUGGCCAGCUUCGUGGGACUGGUUCUCGUGGGAGUCAGUGUGGGCUCCGUCAAGGCCAACAUCACGCCCUUCGGAGCCGACCAGGUCAAAGACCGGGGCCCCGAAGCCACACGAAGGUUUUUCAACUGGUUUUAUUGGAGCAUAAACUUGGGGGCCAUCGUGUCCUUGGGAGGCAUCGCAUACAUCCAGCAGAAUGUGAGUUUUGUCAUCGGCUACAUUAUCCCGGCUGUUUGCAUCGGGGUGUCCUUCGUCGUGUUUCUCUGUGGCCAGAGCUUCUUCAUCACAAAGCCCCCUGAUGGCAGCGCCUUCACAGACAUGUUUAAGAUUCUGGCCUAUUCGUGUUGUUCCCGGAAGAGCCCUGAGGAAUACUCCAGCAAUAGAGACACUCAAGGGGUACUCCACCAACCAGCUCCCAAGCAAAGCCUCUUCGAGAUGGCCAAAGCAUCCCGUGGAGGGCCAUUCAGGGAAGAUAAAGUUGAGGAUGUGAAAGCGCUGGUCAAAAUCAUUCCAGUCUUCCUGGCCCUCAUACCUUACUGGACGGUCUAUUUUCAGAUGCAGACGACGUAUGUUCUCCAAAGCCUGCACUUGAGAAUCCCCCAGUUUUCAAACAGCACCUCAAACAGCCACACGUUCCCUGCAGCUUGGCUGACCAUGUUUGACGCGGUGCUUAUCCUCAUAUUAAUACCUUUGAAGGACAAAGUGGUCGACCCCAUCUUGAAGAGGCACGGCCUGCUCCCGUCGUCGCUCAAGAGGAUUGCGGUCGGCAUGUUCUUUGUGAUGUGCUCUGCGUUUGCUGCAGGAAUAUUGGAAAGCAACAGGCUGAAGAUCGUGAAGGUCAGGCCCAUCAAUCAGACGAUUGGGAACGCUGUCUAUCAUGCGGCCGAUAUGUCAGUCUGGUGGCAGAUCCCUCAGUACCUCCUGAUUGGUUUCAGCGAGAUAUUUGCAAGCAUUUCGGGUCUGGAAUUUGCAUAUUCUGCUGCUCCCAAAUCUAUGCAGAGUGCUAUUAUGGGUCUCUUCUUCUUCUUUUCUGGAAUUGGAUCUUUUGUUGGAUCAGGGCUUCUGGCUUUGGUGUCUAUUACAGCGAUUGGCUGGAUGAGUAAUCACACAGAUUUGGGUAACAUUAAUGGGUGCCAUUUAAACUAUUACUUUUUUCUGCUGGUUGCUAUUCAAGGAGCAACCCUUCUCCUUUUCCUUAUUGUGUCUGUCAAAUACGACCGCCAAAGGUCCCGGACUAACGGACCUGCCACCAGUGUGCGGACCUGACAUCUGCAAGGAAAGAGCAGCUUUUAUGAGCGACGUUUGAUGUCAGUUGAACCAUCCAUCUCUGAGCUCUUAAAUGCUAAUACAGUGCGCAUUUGUCACCAGGACACAUUUAUCUUUAAACUUGCAUGUUAACAUUGCGUUCUUGCCUCGGCCCUCUUUUUUCCUUCCCCUGUAAAAGUAGGUAAGUGCCUUAUGUUAGCAAGAUGGCUUUGUCUUGCCCGCUGCCCAGUGUUACCCUUGGGCGCGGAAGAGGCGCAGAACUUAUUCCAAGCUGUUUCCUUCAGUCUGUUAAAGCUGGGGGUGAUUAGCCCUUGGAUACAGAAGCGAUGAAUGACGGCCUACUAAGGAAACGUUUAAUUUCUUUGAAGAACGGACUUUGAAGGAAAUGAGCAAAAGAAGGUUGCUUGCCAUUUCCCCUUGCUUAUCCAUUUCCCCAGAAAUAAUGUUCUCCUUUCUUAAAACUGAAGUGUUGGUGUGAAUGGGGGUGAGAAGUCUCUAUUGUUGGUGUUGGUUAUAGGGGAAUGAAGUGGUGUGGAAAUUUUUAUUCCUGUGUUGUCCAAAAAGGGAAGCGACUUCAACCUACGUGGUAUUUUCCACGGCAAAAGUUACGAAACUACUGCAAUGAACAGGCCUCGCUGUGCAACAUGGUGGUCCUUCUGUUGCUGUCUCAUUUCUAGACGUUAAAUCAUUUCGUGGCAGGAAGCUGAGCUGGUAUCAGAGUCUUUCCUUUUCCUUCCUUUCUUUUCUGUUGCCUCACGCCUUGAGAAUUUAUCCUUUUCUUUUUUAGGUAGGAGUUGAAAUCUACUCAAGGGUUUGGGAUAUAUUAUGUGCUGUGACUAAGCAAAUCGGUUGUUGUUCCCUCAUUUUAGGUCACUUUCCCAUUUAAAAGCUGAUGGCAUGGAUGGGAGUAGAAACUAAAAGUACCGUAUAUUCUGGUGUAUAAGACGACUUUUGAACCCAGGAAAAUCUUUUCAAAAGUUGGGGGGUCGUCUUAUACGCUGGGUAUAAGAUUCUGCAGUCACCGCAUACAGUGGGGGGAGCUCAAAAACGGCCCGCAGGCGUAUCCCUGCCGUAUGCAGCGACCGUGUAAGCGGCUGCCGCUUUCUUUCCGUGCAGGAAGAGGGGACGCGCGGGGCUUUCCUCCCUGCAGGGAAAGAAAGCAGCAGCCGCUUACUCGCAUGUAAGCAGCAGCCGCUUUUUUUCCGUGCAGGGAGAGGGGACGCGUGAAGCUUUCCUCCCUCCUCCCUGCAGGGAAAGAAAGCGGCACCCAAUUACGCGCGUGUAAGCAACCUCUGCUUUCUUUUCCUGCAGGAAGAGGGGAAAGAAAAGCACAGAAAGAAGGUGUGCACGGAAAGAAAACGGCAGCCUCUUUCUUUCUCUCCCCCCCCCCUCGCCUCGGUGCCUGGAACAACAGAGUGUCAGUGGAGCAGGCUCCCUCCCCUUCUCCCUCUCCCCACCUCUCCUCCCCUCCCUCCGAAUGAAAUCUACGGUAGUUCAAAAUGCUACCGUAGUUCUUAGCAUGCCUGCAAGUAAGUGCAUUUAAACACCUGUGCAUUUAAGCACUGAUGUCUCUCUUUUGGCUUCAUUUACUGGUGUUUAAAAAGCGGGGAGAGGAAGAGAUACAGAAAAAAAUUAUUUGGUGUACGUUGGAAGUUUGGGAUAUACUCAUUAAGGUGAGUAUAUCCCAAACUCUAUAUUUUGACUGGAAAAGUAGGGGGUCGUCUUGUACGCCCAGUCGCCUUAUACACCGGAAUAUACGGUAUUUGAAACUUUAAUUUGAGCUAGGUUGAAUGAAAAUUGGCAGGGCAGAGCCAAUUUGUCGUGGAGGCCCAAGAUGGAUGGAAGUUGUUUGUGGUGGGACUUUGGCAAUCUGUGCCCGUGAGCCAAAACAAGGCCCAAGAAUCUACAUUGACUGCUAGCCAAACUGGUUCUCCAUUAAAACACCAUCUUGUGGAGGACAAGGCUGUUGUAUAUAAAUCAGGGAGAGGGAACAUUUGACCUCCCCCUAAAGUUGGACCCCCCCCAGCUCCCAUCAGCCUCAGCCACCUUGAGCAGUGGCCAGGGACGAUAGGAAAUGUAGCCCCAAACAAUCUGAAAGGCUGCAGGUUCUCCACCCCUGCCGUAAAUCUUCCUUGAGCUUCUCAGCAGAGGGGUGUGCCAUAGAAACAGUUGGGUUUCCUCAAUCAUUUUCCUAGCCUUCUUAACCUAACCUAACGAAAAGAAGAGCCUUUAUUUCACCUCGCUCAAAUGUUCUCUAUUUCUCACAGGGCCUAAUUUUCAACUACAUAAAAAGCAAUAUUUUGCACAGAAAUUGCGGAGUUCUGGCAAGUGGGAAUCAACUUCACCUAAUAACAAAUGGGUUUUUCAAUUUUUAUUUUUAUUUUUUGGUGGGGAGGUGAUUAAUUUUUAAGAGUAUUCAAACAUUGGAAUGGAAAAGGCGCCUUUGGUUUUUCUAUAAUUCAAGUACCUUCAUUUGGAAAUGUUUACAAAAGCCCAUGUGUUGGGAACCUGUGUUCUAGGGUGAAUAAAAAAUAUGCUGCAGGU